CGGCCCGCGCCAGGCGCCUCAGCCCGCCCAGCGCCUCAGCCCGCCCCGGCCCGGGGGCGGCGCUUGGCCGCCCGGCAGAGCAGGCGCGGCCGGCGGCAGCAGCAGCAGCGCGGCAGAGCAGGAGGUUCACUGUCUCAAUGGAAGUGGUACCAGCCUGGGCCCCAGCAUUAGGUUUUACACUCCUGCCGCAUGCAGGAGGAUUUUUAGGAAGCAAUAUAACCAAAAGGGAAAUCCCAACAUGGUAUGAAACUCUGCAGAAGCCAUCCUGGUGUCCACCUAAUUGGGUGUUUGCUCCUGUUUGGGGAACUCUCUAUACAUCUAUGGGAUAUGGCUCCUACCUGGUGUGGAAGGAACUGGGGGGCUUCAAUGAAAAGUCAGUGGUUCCUCUGGGUCUGUAUGCAGGGAACCUGGCAUUAAACUGGGCAUGGACUCCAAUAUUUUUUGGAGCUCACAAAAUGGGAUGGGGAUUGGUGACUCUCCUGCUUACAACUGGUACAGCAACAGCUACCACUGCUUCCUGGUAUAACAUCAACAAAACAGCAGCUUAUUUGAUGGUUCCUUAUUUAGCUUGGCUAAGCUUGGCUUCUGCACUCAAUUAUCGGAUCUGGAAGGACAAUCGCAACAAGAAAAAACCUGAAUAAGCAGUUUUCAGCCAAAACCAUUUUUUUCCCCAUAAUAACUUUUUAUAUAAAAAAAAGUUAUGGCCUUAUUUUUAGCUGAACUACUUCUACCAUUACUUGGGUAAUUACCAGUUGACAAAACAAAUACAACUUUAUUAGGCAAGCCACCAAGGAUUGUAUGGCUGACUGGGUUUUAUAGCAAACUAAAAGUCUUGAUUAAAAAGUGGUAAGUGCCA